AUGCCAGGUUGUUGUGCAAAAAAUUGCAAAAAUAGAAGCGAACAUGGUUUUCGAAUGUUUUUGUUUCCUCGGGAUGAGAAACGAAGACAUUUGUGGGCUGAAAAAUGUGGUAAAAAUCCAACACAGAAUUCUAGGUUAUGUGAGUAUAAUUUCGAUGAUUUGCAAUUCGAAAAUCGACGAGAGAAUGGAUGGCGGAAAUUGAAACCCAAUGCAAUUCCAACUAUUUUCGAAAGCAACGAAAUUAAUUCUGAUAUAUUAAAUGAUCAAUCUUUAAUUGGGCAUAAUAUUCAACCAGAAAAUUGUGCUAAUUUAUCUAAUUGUGAUUUAUCAUGUAAUGACAAUUUUGGAUAUAAUGAAAAUGUUACUACUAAGAAUUUACCAAGUGAACAACAGACAUCAGUCCCAAUUGCCGUACAUGCAAGUGUUCAAACGGAUAAUGAGAUAAGUGGACAGAAUUUACAAACAAUGUUCAUGACAAAUGAAGAGGGAACUAUUCGACAAACCAAUCAAAUCAAGUAUUUGCUCAAACAAUUAAAGAAAGAACGAGUAAAAGCUAGUACUUUCAAAUCCAAAUAUGAAAAUGAAAAAGUAUUGCGAUUUAAGACAACAAAAAUUAUGAAAAAGUAUAAGAAAAGAUACACAAUAUUGAUUUCCUGGUGCAUUUGUUGUAUCGGGUUGACCACCGUUGUCAACAACGAUGCCACAUCGGCAGAAACUUGCCAAGUUUGUAUGGUUGUCGACGAGCCAGCAGAUCCACUACUGCUCAUCGUGGUACUCUGUGGUGCUGUGCCUUGUCUGGUAGCACCGGGACCUUUAUUUGAGGAAGGACUUUCCAAGCGAGAGACUAACUGGACUCCGCAAUGUUUAAGAUUGGCCACACAGAUAAGAUAUGCUGUUGGAUGGAAGGCUUAUCUAUAUCUAAAGAAAUAUCUGGGUUUACCAUUGCCAUCUUAUUCUACAAUAUGCAGAUAUACAAGAAAGAUUGGUUUUCAACCUGGUUUGUUAAGAAAUGUUUUUUCAUUAAUGACAAAGAAAAGAGAAAGUCAUAAAUCUUCGAAUCAAGACGACUGUGUUAUUUUAAUGGAUGAGGUGGAUAUUCAACCAGCAUUAGAAUAUGAUGUUAGCACAAGAUCAUUUGUUGGACAAACGAUGUGUGAUGAGAUAGAAAAGUUAAGCACUUCUAUUGUUUUUAUGCUCAGAGGUUUAAACGAAAAUUGGAAACGAAUUGUUUCAUGGCAUCUUACAUCUAAGUUUUCAAAUGAUGAUAUCAUGACUCAAUUACUGUUUGAAAUUGUCGAAGAAGCAGAGAAAAUAGGUUACAAGGUCCACGGAUUAGUUUGUGAUAUGGGUCCAAAAAAUCAAGCGAUAUGGCGCAAUUUAGGAAUUAAAGUUUCGAGAAAUAACAACACUCCGUUUGUAAUGCAUCCGAUACGGCCUAAUGAUAAUUUUUAUAUAUUUCCGGAUAUACCACAUUUAUUGAAAAACCUACGGAUGGCUUUAACUAACAAUUCUAUUAUUACAAUAGCACUGUCAAUUGUAAAAUCAGAAAAUUUGCCAUGCAAUGAAGUUAGAUUUAAAUAUCUCGAAGAAUUAAAUGUAAUUCAGCAACGUAAAAAUUUAAAAUUAGCUCCAAAUAUAACUACCGACAUUGUGAACCCAACAGGAUUCAAUAAAAUGAAUGUAGCAGCUGCAGCACAUAUAUUCAACGUAAAAACAGCUGCUGCUCUGGAGACAUUGAUAGAACUGAAAUUAAUAGAUAAUGAAGCUAAAGCUACAGCUUGGUUUCUUAGAAAAGUACGGGCUUGGUUUGAUGCGAUGAACAGCAGAAAGCAAAAUGAAGCGAUUACUCCAAUUCAUUAA